AGGCGGCAGCCUCUCCAGUCUGCGACGGCCUGCGUCGAGUUCCCCCGCGGAAACGCCAUUAAGCUUCGAACCGAGAAUAUUAAUGCACUUAUAAAUAAGCCCGAGGAAAAAUAAUCGAAAGCCAACGAUGACGGCCUCGCACGGAAGGCUUCGCACUACCGUCCAAUUAAAUAUCACGGAAAAAGAGCGGCAAGCCAAAUCAGUAUGACUUUAUAAAUCGAAUCGUACCAUGACGACGUAAAUAAUUCUUAUUGCCUAUGUACAGGCUCGCCCUAAAUCACAUUAAACAACAGGCCGGAGCGUCGAUGCGAUUCUUCGAAAGAGAAAUAUGCGCACUACCUUCAGUACGUUCUUUGUUAAAUCAGUCUGAGAUGACUUGAAACUGAAGCUAUUUGUGAUAUCGACACCCACACGAAUGCCAAGCACUAUUGACUAUGGCUCGCGUGUCUAACUAAUCAACUGGCUUUUAUUGUGAUACCUACUGGCAGCCGGGUGUUUAUCGUAUAUGGUGACUUUGUCUCGGGCGAUAAUAAUAAGUGUACCACUACACGUGUUCGGUUAAUCUGACACAAUCGUAACGUCUGUGCUGUUAUCAGUGAUCCACAUGUAUCCCCUUUCGUUGUAUACAAUUCGGAUUCGUGGCUAUCUUCGUGUCUCUCUACUCCCUCGGGAUUCAUACCUCCUGUAUUAAUUAAACGGGACUGAACUCAUCAGUAGGACUUUCACACUUGGAUUACAUCUAAUCGCGCUUUUCGUUCCCUGUACAAAUUUUAUUCUCUGUCUCUCUUGCUCUUAGCUUAGGAUGAAAUACGACUAGCACCCUUGUCGCUGCACGUUCACAAAUUCUUAACUCUUGUACUUGGCAGUUCUCAUGAUUUACUAUUGUCUACCGUAAGGGAAGUCUUAAGGCCUAAUAAUUCACAACAAACAUCCUGUCACUUAGUACUUCAUACUUCUCAGGGUACUAAGUUCUUCUCGCGAAGCCUCCAUUGUUACACGUAUAUUUGACUGAAGGCUAUUUAUGAAACUAAAGGGAAAAAACAUUAACGCAAAGGCAAAUUGCCAAGUGGCGAAGAGACUUGAAAAAAAAAAUUCCUUGAUAUACACAUAUUACUUUUUACUUUCUUUCUUUUCACUCAUCCGUUUUUCUUCAAUAUUCUCCUUUCUCAUAACCCCGUCCUUUUCAUACACCUCAGGUGUGCUUCUUCAAGUCUCUCACUCGAAGAAUGCCCAGACGUUGUUUCACAUUCCCCAAUCUCUUCUCCAGUAUGUAUGUUUCUUGUAUCUGUCUCUGAAGUAUCCGACGGGCUUUGGGUAUGCCUUUAAAAAAAAGGCGUCGAUAAGGCAGGCUCAUCUUAGGGCGACUGAUUCGCAUUGAAACGACGCAAAUUUCAUUGCAGUCCAUGCCAAUGUUUAUACGGUGUUCGGUAGUGCCAGUUUUCAUGCGAGCGACAAGUGCACAGUGAAACCUUGUUCCAUCAGUCGUUCUCGAUCGUUGGCAAAUUUGAUAGGAAGUUUUGCUACUAUUUAAAAAAAAUAUUUAUCCACUCGAUAAACCUUUAAUUCUACCCACAAAAAAUUGGAUCACUGUUAACGGCACUGGUAACGCGUUACGUAACGUGUAUUGUAAAAUGAUAAGGAGCGACCGGAUGCCGUGGAAAUAGCGACAUGCUCUACGAUAUUCUGCCAUCUGAUACCAAUAUCGAUAUCACCGAGUCUCUGUCGAAUUAGCGUGGAAAGGACGUCCACGAUGUUGCAAAACUCAACGAAGCAAGCUGGCGCACCAGGGGAUCUUCCGUCGCCCGGAAGCGUCAGCUCCGGCGGUAGUCCCAGUCCAGGAAGUCCUGGCUACGAAAGCGCAAGGCCGAGGAAGAAACUGUCAUUCAAGGAACCCGAGAUAUUCGGAUACUACAUGAAGAUGAAAAAGCCGUCCAGCUCCUUGAAAUCAUCUCUCCAGCAAUCGGUAUCCUCUACUUCCGGUUUUACCUUCGACGAGAAUCCAUUCGAGGAGGAGAAUGUCGACCUGGACGAGCUCGAGAGCCAGGCGAUGCGCGUUGUGAGAACCGUAGGACAAGCUUUCGAAGUGUGCCAUAAGCUGAGUUUAAAUACCGUCGGUGAGGAACGUGGGGAACGUGAUCGAGAGAGAGAGAAUCAGCACCAGGACGAGGAUUACGAGGAUCAGGAUGAGACCGCAAGUGAGCAACCACAGCCAUCGCCAGUCUCAGUGCACAAGGACAUUUCUCUCCUGGGAGAUGGAGAGGAUACGGUCCAGGAACAACAGACUUCAGUACCUUGUCUGCUGAGAUCACACGAGGUACCAGCAACGACAGCUUCCACUUCACCCAUCCAACAGUCCCCAUCCGGUACGGUUACAUCCGACAGCGGCGGAUUACUGGUAGGAGGUGAACUGACAGCCUUGAAGCAUGAGAUUCAGCUACUUCGUGAACGACUGGAGCAACAAGGACAGCAGACCCGUGCAGCAGUCGCUCACGCGAGACUUCUGCAGGAUCAAUUGGCGGCUGAAACGGCUGCACGCGUCGAAGCUCAAGCACGGACUCAUCAACUGCUCGUGCAGAACAAGGAGCUCUUGGAACAUAUAGGCGCUUUGGUUGGUCAUCUUCGUGAACAGGAACGUAUCUCGGGCAGUCAUAUCAGUCCUCAGUCUCAGGUUCCUACUGGCACAGCUAUGCCGCAAACACCAACCGUUCCUGACUUGUCGACUCUUGGCCAGUCUCAGCGCACCGGGGGUCAAAGCUCGCCUUGGGAAUUGGAUCCGCCGCCAUUCUCCUUCUACUCCUAUCCGCCAGAUCGGAUUUAUUCUGGAAAUCCUGGAGCCAUGGGAGUUCAGCCUACCAGUAAUUCCACAGAUCAGCUACACUUUCAGACCCAGUUACUUGAAAGGCUUCACAAUAUAAGUCCGUAUCAAUCUCAAAGGUCCCCUUAUACCACACCAUCACCUUAUCCAAUGGGACCUGGUCUACUAUUACCACCAGCCAGUAGACCAUCUAAUUCCACGCAGUUGUCACCAAACUCCAUGUCCCUUCGUGUAUCUCAGGCGAACAGUUUCUCAUCGUCCCCAGUAAUGAGCCACAAGCUGGAAAAUUACAUAUCCGGCUUGAAUAUUAUCGAGGAUGAGCAGUCAGCUUUUAUUAAGCCACUACCAUGCCAAGGAAUACCUGGUCAGAGUACACCGGAUGGUGAUGUUAAAAAUCAAAGACCAAUCCUCUUCGAGGAACCUCCACCUAUAAUACUGGAUCCACCACCUCAGGGUAAACGGACGGAACAAGCUAGCAAGCAGAUACGGGACACUUUGUCCCCGGGUGGUGAGAAAAGUACUCAGAAUCAAAAGAACCUGGUCAACAUUCUCAGGACACCUGGACCUCCGCCGUCAAGGACUACUAGUGCUCGAUUACCUUCGCGAAGUGACCUCAUGUGUCAGGUUCAGAGGACUACCUGGGCUAGACAUACGACUAAAUAGACAUUUUCUCUCUCUUUCAAUAACGCUUAAGGCGACAGCACUUAAAUAAAUAAGGAGGACGAUCCUAAAUGUGACUAUAAUGUUAAGCACGUCGCCAUUUUCACCCUGAAGUAUCCGCAACGUAUCCCCGGCUGAGUUAUUCACAAUUUCCCAUGAACGUUUACACUCUCAGGAUGCUGAGCUCGUAUCAAAUCUUCAACUACAGUACCACCAAUCAAUUGUGUAUAUACAUAGUAAUACGGAAACGUGUAAAUUUUUGUAAGACAGCUUGCUCGUAAUUAGACACAUUUAGAAAUAAAAGUAGAGCAUUGGGA